AUGCAUCUUGACAUAAGGAACUUGUUCCUGUCACCUGCACCACCAGGACCAAUCGUGCCGGUACAUGAACUUCUCAGGGCAAGUCUUAUCGUUACCCUGUUUAUCACAACGCUUACCGCUUGUUCCUUUGCAUUCCUACUUCGCCGUAUAGCGAAUACAACUACCGGAUUUUUGCCAGCACUUUCUUUGAUCUCUGUGUUUGGUGGUGGUGUAUUUUUGGCGACUUGUCUUCUAGAUCUAUUACCGGAUGCAAAGGAAAGUCUUGGAAAAAUUGAAAAGAUGCAACAGAUCAAUUAUUCUUAUCCAGUUAUGGAAAUUUUUGUAGCCAUUGGGUUUCUGCUGGUGCUUUCAACUGAACAGAUUAUUAUGUUUAUCCGAGAAAAACAGCAGCAUGGUUCCACAGAUAUGGAAAAUUUAAUCACAGGACAUGACAAUCACAACGAAUCAAAUUCUGAACUCGUUAAUUCUCAUUCUCAAUACGGAAAUGAAGUUAACCAGCAGUCACUGACGCAGUCCCAAUCGACAGCACGGAUUAUUCUGCUAGUGAUGGCACUGUCGUUACAUGCUAUAUUUGAAGGACUAUCAUUAGGCCUUGUUGGCGGUGCAAACGAAAUUAUGCAGAUUUUCUUCGCGCUGCUUCUGCACAAAAUAGUUAUUGGCUUUUCACUUGGAAUUCGUCUUGUGCAGAGUGCUCUAAGUUUUACAACGGCAUUCCUGUGUUCGACUAUCUUUGCUGUGCAGAUUAUUAUUGGAGGUUUUGGUGGCAUCGCUAUUCUUGAUUUCGUCAGCCGCGGGUCGCCGCUUAUUGCUGGCACAGUUUCUUUCAUUGCACAGGCAACAGCGUGUGGAACAUUUCUGUACAUAACUUGCUUCGAAAUAUUACCGCACGAAUUUCAUCAACGCCAACUUCGUAUCGCAAAACUUUUUUCAUUGAUUGCUGGAUUUGCCGUUAUUGCGAGUCUGAUAGCUUUAUUUCCAAAUAGUUAA